CAGAUUCUGGCAGAGACUCGCCUCAAUGUUCACGACUCACCAUUCCCCGCUGACGCUCAAGACACCGUGGGAACAUUUCCAGCGCCUCCCGAUCCUACUGGUAAGGUUUAUUGUCCCCUGUCUCCCCCCCUCCCCCCCUCAAGUUCUCUGCCUUCCCAGUUACCGAUGUAACAAAACCUAUUGGCAUUAAAGCCCUGAUCACUAAUAAGAAGUUGUACAAAAGUUCGUUUCGGUCAGACGUCAGUUCUCUCUUGUGAGAUUUCCUGCAUUUGUAAUAAUUGCGUUGUAGACUAGUCUGCUACACAGCCGUUUUUAGUGUCGUCACGCAACGCUCCGAAAUUUAGGUGAAAGAAAUCGGACUUUCACGAUUAUGUUUGUUCAUUAGUCUGUUUAUAUGUACUUUUUAAGUUAAUAAUAAUAAUAAUAAUAAUAAUAAUAAAAGGUAAAUACUAUCUUACAGUAUGUCAAACCAGGUUUUCCAUUCCGGACAGCCGGACAAUACGAACACUUUAGCAUGUCCAUUUGCUGACCGUAUUAACGGUGUUCCUUUGUAUAAUGUCUGUUUCCCAACCAAUUCUUAGAAGCUGAGUCAUACAAAAUUGAUUUUAUAGUUAUAGAAGAAUCCCCAGGAAGUAAACAGAAAGCAAGAAAAAAGCGGAAAGUGCAGGAGAUGACUGAAGGUAUGCUAAAGGUCAUUUAA